AUGUCCUGUUCAUAUCGCAAGCUCUCAACCUCUCCGCAACUGCCUGCGCUUCCUCUGACGCCUCUUCAGCGAGAAGAUGGCAUGUUUGUCUCUACGCCACCGAGUGCCACACAACAACCUCCAAACUCUCUUGCGCAACACAAUAUCAAAAUCCGAGACUUCGCAUAUGAGAGUGUAUUGCCCCCAAUCCCCUCAAUCCCUCGAUUUCGUCCUCUACAAGCAGGGCCAAGGCCCUUGAAGCGUCACAAACGAUCUCAUGAGCCGGAUACGGAUGAUGAUCCCUUUCUGGGAGGAGAGGCUCGUCCUUAUACAUCGUUUGAACUAGUUGGUAUCGGAGGCAUACCAGGAGACAGACAGACAAACCCACAGAAGGCAAGGAAUCUGGAACACAAACUUACUGAACCAAUCGUAAACCCAGAACAACCUCAAAAUACAUUAGCACGCGCCACAGCAUACAUCGAUCUAUCGCGUCAUAUUAGUAUCAGUCCAUCCGGAGGAGUAUCAAAUCCAAGCACGCCCCCUACUUACAGGCGAAGCGCUGUUCCUUUCAAUCUCUCGCCUAUUCCUGGGCUGCUUUACCAGGGACAAUCCGAAGUCAUAGGAUCUCACGACGACUCCACAUCUUCCCAACCUCUUCUUGUCGGCGAUUCCCAAGAAAGUGAGACUCUGGUUGACACCCCCCUUGCCACCCCAAAUGGGUCGCUGCAUUUUCCGAGCACAGACAGGAUCAUGGUGGCAACAUCACAAUCGCAAACAGACUCGCAGCUCUUCCAAGAGGACGUCACUUACUCCCAACUCGGCCUUUCCCUGCCAUUUUCGCAGCCUGACUUCUCGCAGACGGACUCGCCGGAGGUCGUCCAUAGUGCGGCCUCUCAUACGAAUGGUCAUCUGUCGUCGCCUUCUCGGAAAUCCCGCUCAAACACCCCCUUAUCCUCUUCCCCCAGUCCCUGUAAAAACGCGGCGACACUUGUUCUUGGCGCCAUACCCGUUGUUAACCCCUCUUCGCCGAGCCAAUCGACUUCUGCUCCUUACGAUAAUGCAACAUCGCCCGCCCGCUAUUUUCUUCGCAAUCGCCCAGCGCCUUCUCACCAGGGUCCCCUCAGCUCCAAGUCAUCUCAAUCUAGCUCCUCAGCUUCGAAUGCAAAACCAACGCGUAAUAGCAUUCCUAGCCAUCGCCGACCCGCUUCUGUGUCGCGCCAAUCGGCUCACUCAAGAAGUCCUAAGAAUUUGACCAAGGAUUCGCUGCGAGCCAAACCUAUCAAGAAAAACGCAGCUCUCAAAACGGCGGAAGUCACUCGUAAAGCCUGA